AGAAAGGCCAAAGUGUGGAGGGGUGCGCUGUUUGUAGGUGAACGGUCGGCGAGCGCUACAACCAGACCCAGGUGGAGGAGCUGGCCAGUCCACCUGUACUGCAGCACCUGAUCCACAUCCGCAGGCUGAAGGCUGACGAGCAGGGCUACGCCCAGCGCUUCUUCAGAGUCUUCCUCAGCGCCCUUAACAAGGGAAUUAACUCGUAUCCUUCUCCUGCUUUAAAACGGACUUGUGACCAGCUGACAGACGAUGGAGGACAAACAUUCAUACCUGGUCAGGGGUCGGUGGACGUGGAGUUGGACUUCGCGGAGGAAGAGGAGGAGAGGUUUGAGGAGCAGAUGGGAGGACAGACUCAGACCGGCCAGCUGGACAUCAUCGAGACUCUGACCAGAGGAGACGGCCAAAAAUUUGUCUCAGGAGUGGACGCCCAGUGUCAGCUGGAGUCUGAUUCUGGCAUCCAGUGUGCCAACUAUGUCCUGUUGUGGUUCUUUGACAAAGCCAUCGGUGCAUGCGCUCACUUCUGGUACGGCGGGUGCGGCGGUAACGCCAACCGCUUUAACUCGGAGUUUGAAUGUUUGAGGACAUGUGGGCACCACAAUCCAAACUUCCUGCCGAGGCCGGAGCUCGAGCUGACCAGCUUCGCCUCCAAAGAGAGCUGCUUCCUGCGCCAGGACCAGGGCAGCUGCCAGGACUACACCAUGAUGUGGUUCUUUGACACCGAACAGAACGAAUGCUCUCGCUUCUGGUACGGCGGCUGCGGUGGCAAUGGAAACCGCUUCCAGACGCAAGAGGAGUGCCAGGACCUCUGCCUGACGAAGAGUCGAUGAGGAGGAGGACGCCCUCCGGAUCGGCUGGAGGAAAAUCAGCCACUGUAUGACAAAAACAGCAACACGCAUGUUCAAGGAAAAACACCAAAGUUUCCUGAAUGAUUUAAAAAGCUUUAUCCGCAGUCUGUUCGGAGACGGUUUACCUUCUAACUAGCUUCUGCUAAAACGCCUUCAGGGAAAGUGGAAACUGCUCCAGGAGCUGCACGUUUGUCGAGUUGCCUUUGGUUUUCUUUCUUGAACAUGCAUGUUUUUUGUUCUUCGAGUUCGCCCUCGGAGCUCUUUUCUUUCUCACCAAACCUUCAUCCUACAUCCAACAGCAGGAAACUGUUGAACUGUUGGACGUCGAUCAAAAGUGACGGACGCUCCUCAGAGACUCUUUCAGGUUCACAUCAGGUGCUAUUCUCACAAAGCGGGUUGGAGGCUGAUGAUGUUUUGUUGAGUGAAUGUUUGAAGGAAUCACAUCAGAACAUUAAAGUGUGUUUAUGUAAAUGAGCUCGAUAUCCACCAGCACGUCUCUGUUUGCUUGAUUUGACUCACCAACCCUGAAGACGCUCCGUUUAUAGAUUUUAUUUAGAUUUCUCAGUAUGUACAAUAUACACCCACAAUUCAACCUUAUUCAGCUGUUUUUUUUACAAAGAUAGACAGUUUCUAACUGUAAUAUCUGAGUCUUACUUUCAAAGUUUUGGUCUUUAAUCGGUUCUGAAGAUGCUCAACAGGAAGCUGAGAUCCAGAAAAUAAACCCUUAAAAAAAACAUUUCAGGAUUUCCUGGUUCCAAUAUCACCACAGCGUCACUCGUUGACUCGACAAAUAAUCCCAGAACACAAAGUGAAACACACCGCAGAGAAACCUUGCUUUUAUAAACCUUAUUUUAUCUGUGAUGGCGUUGUGCCGAGCUCCCGGCGAAUGUCCAGGUGAGGUUGUACUUGGCGUCGCUCCGCUGCCUCACUGAGACGACAACAUAACGUUAGCGAGUCAGACCACAGAUAAAGAGACGUUGGUAUCGCAUACUCCAUUUAAAGGCGCCAUAUUGGUGAGGUCAACAGUCCCUGUUUGGAAAAAUGUCCCAUAAAUCUUGAAUUAUAUGUUUUUUUCUGGAGACAAAUGUCACAUUUUCAGGUAAAAUUUUAUAGAAAUUAUACUUCGAAAAGAAGUAUAAUUAAGAAUAAGAAAAAUAUAAGAAAAAUGUUUGACAAAAAGUUUUGGGUUUGAUCAGUUUUUGUCUACACGUGUUUCUACAGAGAGAUCCAACAAAGAAUCAAACAUUUAACAGCCACAAGUCUGAAUCUCUCAGUAUUGUUACUAGUGGGUGUUGAACUUUGCAAUGUGGCGGCCACGCAGAUGUAAAAUACAAAAGUACUAAAAAGUAUUAAAGAAAUUAUCUCGAAUCCGCCUCUAAACAAAUGAUUCAUGUUUUCAACCUGUAGGAUAUAAACUGCCUUCAGGUCACUGAAGCUGAAGUUUGUGAGUAAAAUAGUUCAACUGAUGGACCAAACUUUGAAAAUAAGACCCAGACUUUUCUUUUCAGUGGAGGUGAAACAGCUCGUGGUCGCUGUCUAACAUCUGUUCAGUAUCUGAUUCACUCCACAAACACUGAAGAGGCUGCAGGGUCCCAGUUGGAGCCUUAAAAGGUCUGAACGACGGGGCUUCAGCCUGUCUGUCUGUCUGGAUGUGGAAAUCACUGUCUGUGGUUCGUCACACUGACCAAUGGUGCUUCAUGUAAAAACAACAAUAAUAAAGAAUUUAAGAAAA